GAUGCUAAGGGUCAGUUUGAUGUUUACUCAAAUUUCCAAGUAGUCACUUAUUAACCAGCGAGUAAGCCAAAAGAUGAUGGAUUUUACGGAACAACUCUCAAACCUGCAAAUCGCACCUGCUGAGCUUUUCAUCAUUUAGUUCAUCAGAGUGUCACUUUCAGGAAGGAGGGUUCUGACAUGAGAGGACAUCUGACCACUCAGGCUCUGAUGAUGUCUCUCUGACACUUCAUUGUAUUUCUAUUUAAGAUACAGGACGUCAAAAAAUUACAACAAAGGAGGAGUUAUACAAAACGCCUCGAACUGACACUCCACCAACAAGCUUAUCCUGUCACGUACAAACACACACUUUUCCCGGGAGGAUGAUGUGUUCUCAUUUGCGUCCUUCAAUCCCUCAACUAUUGUCGCUAAGGCUGCUGGGUACUGUGGCCUCCAGGUCAGUGGCAGCUAAGCAGCCUGACCUUCUCUCAGCGACUCUGGCCUUCGAGGAUCCCAGCGCCUUCAGGGUGAAGACGUGGGGGGAGCUGCUCCGUGCUCUGGGCGUCUUCCGCCUCUGUUCCUUCCCUGUGCUGGUGAACAACUGUGGGAAGUUGAUGUCGAUAGCGCGCACCCUCCUGGGGAGGAGGGGGUUCUCCUUGCUGCUGCGGCCCACUGUAUACGCCCAGUUUGUGGCCGGAGAGGACGAGGGUGAGAUCUCUCAGUCCAUGGAGAAGAUGAGCCAGCUGGGACUGAGGCCCAUGCUGGCGGUGCCCAUAGAAGAGGAUUUGGGAGAAAGCACCGGAGAGAAGAGAUAUGAUGACAACAUGGAGGCCAUGUUGGAAUGUGUGCGAAUGUCCCACAGCAACGCCUGGAGCACAGACCCGAUGAUGCAGCUGAAGAUCACAGCCCUGCUCAGCCCGGAGCUGUGUGUGAAACUCACGACCCUCAUCGCACGACAACCGUACGACCUGAAUCUCCUCGUCAGAGCUAUGAAUGGAGAGGCAAUCAGCUUCCCUGGUUUAGAUGAAAGUGAAGUCACACAUUUCCUCUGUGGCCUGCAGAGACUCAACAAAAUAGCAGAGGCAAGUGUGAACAAAGUCCGAGUCCUGGUGGAUGCAGAGUACACCUACAUGAACCCCGCCCUCUCUCUCGUCACCAUGGCGAUGAUGAAGAAGUUUAACAAAGACGGCGCCUGGAUUUGGAACACAUAUCAGUGUUACCUGAAGGAGUCCAGGUCUCUCCUGUUAGAAGCUCUGCAGCUGGCCAAGAUGGAGGGUUUCUGUCUGGGGGUGAAGCUGGUGAGAGGAGCCUACAUGGACAAAGAGAGCAAGCUGGCGGAGAAGGAGGGGCGUCCGGACCCCAUCCACCGGUGCUGGGAGGAUACCAACGUCAGUUAUAACGGCUCGCUGGAUGUGAUGCUGGACCACAUAUCCCAGAAACCUGAGCGCUACAGGAUCAUCGUGGCCUCUCACAAUGAGGAGUCAGUGAGACACGCCGCCAAACGGAUGGAGGAGCUGGGGAUAGACAAGGAUGGAGGCUCGGUGUGUUUCGGCCAGUUGCUGGGCAUGUGUGAUCACGUCUCCCUCACGCUGGCUAAAGAAGGCUACGCCGUGUACAAGUCGGUGCCUUAUGGCUCGGUGGAUGACACCCUCCCCUACCUGGUGCGACGGGCGCAGGAGAAUCGCACCGUGCUGCAGGGAAUCCGCAAAGAGAGGGACCUACUGAGGAAAGAGCUCUACAGGAGACUGAGGCUGAGGAAAGCCAGCUCAUAGGCCACCAGCACAGGGGGAAAACAGAGAGGAGGGACCAGUGUGAACUUUGCUGCUGAACCUCGAACUCUGACGCUGGCACCCCAGUCAGGACAUGGUGUUGAAUAAGGAAGCCACAUGGGAAUACAAACGGCCAACUUAAUGAAGGCAAAUUGAUUGAUUUUUUUGUAUUUUGUAAGAUCCAAAGAGCUUAUAUGAAAGCUGACUGCAUGCAAGUGAGGAAUCAACAUAAGGCAAAUUAAGCAUAAAACUUAAUAGUUACAGCAGUUUUCACCCAAGUGACUGUUUGAUAAACUGAACAAUGAGCGACUGAACAAUUGAGAACAAUAAAUGCACCAACUGAGG